AUGGCCAGAGUCGAACCCGAUUGGAGCACACUUCCUGAAGACCUCCUCUUCUCCAUCGUAAAACUUCUCCCUACACAAAUCGAUAUCCUCCGUUUUCGCGCCGUUUGUCGUUCAUUUCGCGCCACAAUUGCUGUUCCUUCAGAACAAUACCCAUUCCCACACUCGAUUCUAACCACCACCGACUUCCUCAAAGGUACAAACCUAGAUGAAAAAGACAUCUUUGACUUCAUGGUUUCCACUGUUUACGUCAUCGAGCCCCUCAACAAAACCUCCCAAACCCACGACGAAGAAACUCCACAAACGUGGGUGGUCAAAGUCCAAGAACCGAGCCCAGGUACAGUCCGAAUCAUUGAUCCUAUUACUGGUUCAGAAUGUCAAAACUUGUCCAAUUGGUUACCAAAGUCAUUAAAUCUAUUGGAUUAUCGGGUUACAGAAAUAACCAAGUCAUACGAACUUAAAUCAACUGUUGAAUUGCUUUCAAAAGUGAUAUUUUCUUCAUCUCUUGAUGAGAAUGAGGAUGAGUUUACUGUUAUGGCGAGCGAUAGUUAUGGAAAAGAACUUGGAAUCUGGAGAAAUUUAGACAAGAAAUGGAGUAAAAUCGACAUUGAACUUAAAUUUCCCGAGUUCUUUGUUGAGGAUAUUUAUCAUGAUCGCAAGUUUUAUGCAGUGCUCACCAUGGGCUAUACUGUAACUGUGGAUCCUAAAUCUUUGGUUGUUACUCGAGUUGCGGGAAAGGUGCAGUUGUAUUACGAAUGUGCGAUGCUAUACUUGAUCGGGCUGAAUAAUGAUUUGUUUUUUAUUGUUCAGUUCCAGGACGGCGAGGAUGAUUAUGAUGAGUAUAAUAUCGCAAUUUUUAAGCUUAAUGAAGAGAACCAAAAAUGGGUUCCAGUUGUGGAUGGAUCAGAGUUGGAAGAUAGAGAGUUGUUUGUGGGCAAGAGCUCACUGUCAAUACUGGGGAGAAACAGAGAAGAGGCAGCGGAGAUGAUAGUGAGGAAACAUCCCAAGCUUGUUGCUAUGAUGGUUAAAGAAGGAAGCAUAGUGAACAUUUGCGGAUAUGGUUUGAUUGUCAGUCGACAAGCAUGGAAGGGUGAAGCGAAUGCCGCCAAUCAAGCAGAGAAUGGUGAAAUGAAUGCUUGA